UGCUGUCAUCUGCUUGUAAAAGCGGUCGUACGUCUCACGUUUAUACUUCAGAGUCAUGCGUAAUAUGGCAUUGAAAAAAUUACUUACUACUAAACAUGCAUUUCUUAUCAAGCGAACUUUGCUUACCGAUGGUUCACGCCCCCGCGUUUUAAUAACCGGCGGUUUAGGCCAGCUCGGGUUGGACUUGACGGCCGAACUGCGCAAAAGGUAUGGAAAAGAAAACGUCAUUUUAACUGACGUUUCGAAACAAAGUCGUGUCGUAACCGAUGACAUGCAGCGAGAGAUGUCAAAGCAAGGAACAGAUGGACCCUUUGCAUAUCUGGAUAUUUCGGACUUGAACUCUCUUCACAAAAUUGUGGUGGACAAUGAAAUAAACUGCGUUGUGCAUUACGCAGCUUUACUCUCGGCUCUGGCGGAGACAAAUGUAAAUUUGGCAAGCCAGGUCAACAUAAUGGGAACCACAAACAUUCUAGAACUUUCUAGAAUUCAUAAACUGAAAGUGUUCAUUCCGAGCACAAUUGGAGUGUUCGGCCCAGACACGCCUCGUGAAAGAACUCCGAACAUUACAAUUCAGCGACCGAGGACAAUUUACGGCGUGAGCAAAGUAUUCGGGGAGCUGUUGGGAGAGUAUUACGUGUACAAGUACGGGGUGGAUUUCAGAUCUCUUCGGUUUCCUGGAAUUGUGAGUGCGAAUGCAUAUGAAGGUGCCGGCACCACAGACUACGCGGCCAAAAGCUUCCAUAAAUGCAUGAAAGAUGGAUCAUUCUCCUGUGAUUUGAAGCGAGAGACGUACCUACCGAUGAUGUACAUUGGUGAUUGCACCAAAUCGGUCAUCGACUUCAUGCUAACUCCAGAGUCUCAGCUGAAACAGAGGACAUACAACAUAAAUGCCAUGUCAUUCUGUCCGGAACAACUUGAAAAACAGAUUCAGAGGCGGAUUCCCAAUGCCAAGUUCAAAUACGAAGUGGACCCAAUGCGACAGAAGAUAGCCGAGUCGUGGCCGGUCAGUCUGGAUGACAGUGACGCCAGACAUGACUGGGGGUGGAAUCCUGAAUAUGACCUUGAAAAAAUGACGGAUGUCAUGAUUGAAAAGAUCAGCCAGCAGACUAAAUAAUAAAUACAAUGUGAAAAAAUGAAGAAGUCAGAAGUGUUUAAAAUACAAAAGUAUGUAAUGAAAUGAUUGUUUGUUUGAUACUGAGUUUACUUUAGGUCGACUUGCAAUAUAUAAGCUGGCCUAUCUAACCUUCAAGUUGUUUCAAGCGAGCUAUUACAGUGAUGAAACUUAUAAUUAUGAUAAUUGUGCUAUCUUGAGUCCGUUCGCAAAAUGAUAAAACUUUUUCAAGCAAUCUAUUCACGUGAUUGAAGUUUUAAAAACUA